CUUUCACUGUGCAUACCAGCUUUUAAGUUAAACAUGCUGUGACGAGGCUAAAUAUGCGCUAGAUUGAACUUCUUUGAGUCUGCAAGCUUCUUCAUUGCGGGAUAUUGAUCUCAUUGGACAGGUAAAUCAGGUAAAAUGUUGCAGGCAAGGAUUAAGGUAAUUUUACUGCUUCUUCUGUUGGCAUUCAGAGGUGUCACAGAGCAAGAAACCCAAAGUAAAGGCUGUGUCUGUGGAUAUCCUGGAAUACCAGGUGAUCCCGGACACAAUGGCAUGCCUGGCAGAGAUGGCCGUGAUGGACUCCAAGGUGACAAAGGUGAUCAAGGUGAAAUUGGCCCUCCUGGAUCCAGAGGCCAUGAUGGCCACAAGGGAGACAAAGGGGAACGUGGUGAAACUGGCCCAGCAGGGCUCAAAGGGAAAAGAGGAGAUAAUGGAGAAAGGGGCCUUCCUGGGAAAAUGGGGCCCCAAGGAGUGCAAGGGCCUAUUGGCCUCAAAGGAAAUAAGGGAGAGCUUGGGCUGCCUGGACCCCAAGGACCGAAAGGAGAUUUAGGGCCUCCUGGACCACAGGGUCAAAAGGGGGAAACUGGCCUCAGAGGUGACAGAGGCAUUCCAGGACCAUUGGGACCACCUGGCAGACCAGGCCCCAAAGGGGAAAUUGGUGUUCAAGGUCACAAAGGAAAUAUUGGUUAUCGUGGGGACAGAGGGACUCGAGGUGAUAAGGGCGAUAAGGGUGAAAUGGGAGAUGCAUUUGUUAUUUCCAAAAGCGCCUUCUCUGUAGGACUCAGUGCGCAAACUAAACUCCCAGCAGCGAAUGCACCCAUCCGGUUUGACAAGAUUAUUUACAAUGAGCAAAAUCAUUACGAUCCACAAACAGGGAGAUUCACUUGCUCCGUGGCAGGUGCUUACUUCUUCGCCUACCACAUCACUGUCUUUUCCAGAAAUGUGAAAGUGGCCCUCGUGAAGAACGGGGCAAAAAUCAUCCACACCACGGACAACUACCAGAGCGGCGAGGACCAGGCAGCAGGGGGAGCUGUGCUGCACCUGGUGGUAGGGGAUAAGGUGUGGCUGCAGGUGGCUGGAGGAGAGCUGUUCAAUGGGCUCUUUGCUGAUGAAGAUGAUGACACUACCUUCUCUGGGUUCCUGAUCUUUGGAUCUUAAUUAAGGCAUCAUUUAUAACUACUAUGAGUAGAAACAUUGAAAUACGUUUAACAAUCCAAGUCAGUCAGAUUCAACAUGCCACUAAAUUUAAAUCCAAUUCAGUCAAAGUCUAUUUAUAUAGCAAAUUCAACAUAACCUUCACCUCAAGGUGCUUUAAGCUGUAAGGCAAAGACCCAAGCAAACCCCUAUGAGCAAGUAUUUUGCAACAGUGAGAAAACCUCCAGGAGCAUGCAUUUAAGUCUAUAACGCAUGCUAAAUGUGACUAAUUUACUCAAGUAAUGUAUAAAUUUGAAUCAACUGUAUUUCAUUUUAGUGUUUUAAUGUUACUACAUGGCGUCUUCUCCACAAAGUAAACAACACACUUUUCUGCAUUUAUUUAUUUACACUGCUGAUUAAAAUUUGACAUGCAAAAGAAGUGAGGUGUUUAUAUAAAACAGCUUAUCGUUAUAGAUUAAACCACACAAGGAAAACGGUUCAGAAGGCUUCUUAAACAUUAACACAAAUGGCAAUAAUCCAAUAUUAUAAUCUAUUGUGCACUAUAAUAGUUAUAGAAAUCA